AUGCCACCCAAAUUCUCUGGUAUCCAAAAAGAGGUCUUUGGCCUCUAUCGCACCAUUUUACGAGAGGCCCGAAAGAAAGAUCAUCUUGCCAACAACAACGCCCAAUCCUUACUCUCCUUGUGGUCCCAAUCGGAGUCCUCGGUCUAUUAUGCUAGAAAAGAAUUUCGGCACCAGGCGCACAAGGUUCCUAGGAAUGACUUUCGAACGAUUGAACACAAGAUCCGGCAUGGAUACAAACAGGUGAAGCUGCUGAAGAUGCCUGGCGUCAAGUUGGUCAGUGGGGCGUGA